AUGGCUGUUUGCAAUUAUGGAUUUCAACCAUUUCUGAGAGGGUUUCCGCAAGUCCCCGUGCAGAUCUACCACGUUGCCAAAACCAUCAAAAACAGUCCAGUGAGAUUAUUAGAUGCCUUUGUCGAUCGUGUGUUCGAAUUUGUUGACCAGCCAUUGCUCCCAUCUCAGAGUAACUUUGCUCCAGUUGAAGAGAUAGAUGAAGCAGUUCUUGUUUCCAGUGUUGAAGGAAGUAUUCCAUAUGAUUUUCCAGAGGGUAUCUACAUAAGAAAUGGCCCAAACCCUCUUUUUGGAGGACUAAAAUCGACAGUUUCUAUGUUUGGAAGAUCAAGUCACACAUGGAUAGAAGGAGAAGGAAUGCUCCAUUCUUUAAAUUUCAAUAAAGAUAGUGAUGGCAGCUGGACUAUCUCCUACAACAACAGGCAUGUUCAAACAGAGACUUUGAAAUUAGAAAAAGAAAGAAAGAAACCAUCUUUUCUUCCUGCACUUGAAGGAGAUUCCCCAGCAAUUUUGUCAGCUUAUCUGCUAAAUUUGUUGAGAUUUGGCGAUGUAAACAAACACAUUAGCAAUACGAAUAUUUUCGAGCAUUCAGGGAAGUUUUACUCAAUUGCUGAGAACCACGUGCCUCAAGAGAUCGACAUUUUCACGCUAGAAACUUUGGGUAAUUGGGAUGUUAGUGGAGCAUGGAAUCGACCAUUCACUAGUCACCCAAAGAAAGCUCCAGGAACUGGAGAGCUCGUUAUGAUGGGGUUUGAUGCACAAAAACCUUACUUUGAGUUGGGAGUGAUCUCUGAUUUGGUCUGCAGGUACAAUGUGAUCAUUGAUUUUCCAGUGGUUAUAGACAUAAAUCGACUCAUUGGCGGAGGCCCGCUGAUGAAGUAUGACAAGAAAGGAUAUGCCAGGAUUGGAGUUAUGCCUCGCUAUGGUGAUGCAGAUUCCAUCCAGUGGUUUGAAGUGGAACCAAGUAGUGUAUUUCACAUUUUCAAUUGUUUCGAGGAUGGUGAUGAGGUAGUAAUGUGGGCAUGUAAAGCUCGUGGAUCAGUUAUACCGGGACCUGAUCUAGGCUUGAACAAAUAUGAGUGGUUUUCUAGAGGUUAUAUGCAUAUGAACUCUGUUGAAGAUAAUGGUGACAAUAUGACUCAAGAUGGGAUUUUUUUUUCUCGUGCCCACGAGUGGAGAUUAAACAUGAAAACAACAGAGGUGAAGGAAAGGAAUCUCACAGGAACAAAAUUUUCUAUGGAAUUUCCUAUGAUCAAUGAAAACUUCAUCGGUAGCAAAAACAAAUUUGGGUACGCCCAAGUUGUUGAUUCAAUUGCAAGUUCCUCUUCAGGAAGGGCAAAAUAUGGAGGUCUAGCCAAGCUAUACUUUGAAGAACCAGAGAAUGGAUUGUCUUGGGAAUUAAACAAGCUGAUAAAGGUUGAGUACCAUAGCUUUCCGGAGAACACCUUCUGCUCAGGAGCCACUUUUGUUCCUAAAGUUGGAGGUCUUGAAGAAGACGAUGGUUGGAUAAUUACAUUUGUGCAUAAUGAAAACACGAACAUGUCUCAGGCAAGUUAUUUCACAACCAUUAACCAGUGUUUAUGUAGACUCCUAUAUUAUUGCAGGGUUUUACAGAUAUGUUUAACUCUCUUCUUGCAGGUUUAUAUAGUCGACACAAAAAAUAUUUCAAGCGAGCCAGUUGCCAAAAUUACUCUGCCUGGUAGAGUGCCAUAUGGUUUUCAUGGAGCUUUCAUGUCAGUAAGUUCACAACUUGAAGAUUAG